GCCUCUUGUUUAUUUAGUGCUUUAAAGAGCUUUUCAGUUGUCAAAGUCAAUCAGACUUGUUAGUUUUGCCCACUGUUCUCGACCAGAAACCCUUAGGCAAAGAGUUAAAAAGAGCCCCCAGGCUUUCCAUGUGAAUUCCUUUCAUAGACGUUUUCUUUUUUCUUUUUCUUCUUCUUCUUUUUCUCUGAACAGUUGGAGUUUUAAAUGCAAGUCGUGAAAUGAUGUGGGCAGUAAGACACCGCUGUUGCACUGACAGUCUGCUUCUGAUCGCACUGAACUACACAAGCUCCGCCUGUGUGAAUGAGACAGGACAGAGAGUCAUCUCACAUGAUAGUGCUUAGAGGCAGCUCUCUUUGGUGGUCUUUGUAGUGGUGGGCUGUCUAUAAACUUACUCUAUUGCACUGUGAAUUUGAAAAAGAAUCACAUGCAGGCUGGAGAGAAGCCCAAGUUUCUGUAAAACUCUGGACAUUACGCUUCAACCUGAUGCAAUGGCGAGGAUAUCUGCCUUCCUGGGUGGCUCUACUCGCACAUGCAUACUGGUCUUGACCUUUGCCUUCCUGGUGUGUGAGAUUGUGGUUGGCCAAAUCUGCAGAUCCAUCCUCAUCGUAGUGGACAGCUUCCACACACUCUACAUGUUCAUACAUAUGGCUCUAUCUGGAUUAAAGCAUCAGCCAAAAGCUUCUGUCACUAACCCCAACUUCUCCUCUCCCUCCUUCCCAGAGUCACACAAAUCUGAUCCUCACUCUCCCUUCUCAGCUGCUACCUCCACAACCCCUGGCCCAUCCAAUUCAAACAUCUCCCUACCAGCCGACCCAGCUUCAGACCCAACUGGAGCACCUAGUCCUCUACCUGAUGGGGAAUGCUACAGCAGGAUGCGUCUCAAGCCUUUUGGCAUUCUGAUCUCAUCUCUGCUGUUGGCCUCACAAUGUGUCUCCAUUAGUCUGGAGAUUCUCAACCACCUUGUGCAGCCAGAACCCAUUCAACACCAAUUCUUGUCCAUUGUUGUUGGGGCAGCUAGUCUGUUAUUCAAUAUAACAGUAUUGGCCUGGAGAAGCAGAACUAGAGGGAUGAAUAAAGCCAUUGAGGAGUUCAAUAAGUGUCCAGAACUGACAAAAACUGUCCCUCAUUCUGCAUCAGAAGAUAAAGAGAGAGCUCUCGAGGACGAUGCGUUGGUGUUCUGCAACCCUAAAGCAUCUAGUGUUCUUGAUCCAGAUCAAGGAUAUCAGGACUGCCCUUCAUCAUGCUCUGAGUUGCCAAACCCCCACACUAUAAAACCAGUUAUUGAGUCCAGUCCAGCUCAAAACUCCACACCUUACAUCUGUGAAAGUUCUCAGGAAGUUUUUCAGCCUACAAUCCAACAUCCAGAGGAACCUAUACACUCUACCUGCAUGGAUCCCACUGAUGUGCCUCUACGUGAGAGAUCCAGCUUUGAGAGACUGAAGACUGGCUGUUUCAGACUCCUCAUCAGUGGGACCCAGGAGCUUCUGGGUUCAGUCCUCAUUUUGGUUAAUGGUCUUGUUUUCCUGCUCUUUGAACCACAAUGCCAUUGUCCUCACUCACACUGUCAUCCCCUGGUCUAUUUGGAUGCAAUUUUAUCCAUAGUUGUUGUGUUAGUUCUGUUGGCUACUGUCUUGCCCAAGCUGUAUCGCUAUGGAUUGCUUGUUCUCCAGGCAACCCCACUGCAUCUUUGUGUCAGUCAGGUGAGACUUUCUCUUGCACAUAUUCCAGGUGUGUUGUCGGUCCAUGAGCUGCACGUGUGGCAGCUCUCAGAUGCGUGUAUUGUGGCGUCCGUGCAUGUCCACUGCCCAGGAGGGCUGAAAGCAGCAGAGUGCUCAGAUCUAAUGCUGAAGAUCACAGGGGUGCUGAGCACUUUUGGCAUAAACCACUGCACCGUGCAGCCUGAGUUACUCACUUCAGACAGGAGUGAUUCUGUGGUCAGUGAACAGGUACCUGUGAAACCUGUUUGCAGCUUGCGCUGUGGGCAGGAGUGUGCUGAGAAGCUCUGCUGCUCUCCAAGGGUGGAGAAAUCCUGCUCUCUCCAAAAGGAUGGUUCCACCUCUCCCAAGAAGGGAAGCUCUGACUGUCGCCUGGAGGAGAGUUCCUGCUGUCUCCAUGGGGAAAGCUUAUCUCCUGCAUCCUCUAGUGUUGGCAUGAUUAGAGACAUUGUUAUUGAGAACACAUACCUGUAAUCGAAUCAAUUGGUCAAGAUGGGUAAUAAGCAGUGGCCAGUUUGCUGGAAGAUGCAGUAACUAGACCAUCUGGUUCCAAAGAGGAUCUUUCUCCAUUGUCGGCCAUACAAAAUAAGCUACAUUUUCUAACCAAAUUCAUUUUUUGCAAACAACAUGUAUAUCGCUAAUAUAUAAUUAAAGAAU